AUGCUACAAUCCAGUAAGGACGUCAUCAUGAUCCCCCCUCUCUCACAUCCAGGCUUUUAUUAUUACACGCAGUCAACGUGCGGGCUCAGCCGCUGAAUAGUUUCAUGUAUGUUGUUUGUUUUCUUAUCCCAUCUGGAACAGAAGCGAUAGAUAUUUUUAAAACUAUAUCUCAGGGUAAAGGGGGACACUGGCAAAACCUCAGCUGCAAGCUAACGGGAGCUAUAGCUCAGGAUAGGCUACAGUGCAGCUGGCUUACUCUAGCUAGCUAACGGUACAGCUGUUGACAGGCAGGGGCAACUCCACUCAAACUGCACCGACUCCUGAUCCAUCCCCGCUGCAGUAACGUUAACGGCCGAGGGGAGCAAAUGAACGAGCUGGUGAAGAGUUUACCCUCCCCGACUCUCCCGGGGCUCCACCUGCCGUGUUUGGAUACCUGCAAAGGCUGGCUCUUUAAAUGGACCAACUACUUGAAGGGCUACCAGCGGCGAUGGUUCGUCCUCAGUAACGGCCUGCUGUCCUACUACAGGACUCAGGCAGAGAUGGCGCACACUUGCAGGGGCACCAUUCCCUUAGCAACAGCACACAUUGAGGUGGGUGACACCUGCCACUUGGUGUUAACCAGCGGCGGCCGAAGCUACCACCUGAAAGCCACCUCUGAGGGGGAGUGUCAGCGCUGGGUGUCAGCUCUGCAGCAAGCCAAGGCCAAUGCCACUCUCCUGAUGCAUCACUCAGAUGACUCAGGAGAUGAAGGCCCUGUACCUCAGGAGGACCGUGCCCUAACCCAAGGGGUGCUCAAGACUCUGGCCAGCAAGCUAGAUGACCUGAGCACCUGUAAUGAGCUGAUAGGAAAGCACGGCGCCGCUCUCCAGCGUUCCCUCAGCGAACUUGAGGAACUGCGUGGAUCCGCUGACAGCACAGACAAAGUGAAAGCUGUUAAUGAGCGAGCCACCCUGUUCCGCAUCACCUCCAAUGCUAUGAUCAAUGCUUGUCGUGACUUUCUGGACGUAGCAGAAUCUCACAGCCGAAAGUGGCAAAAGGCUCUGCAGUAUGAGAGAGAGCAGCGUCACCAUCUGGAGGAGACCAUCGAACAGUUAGCCAAACAGCACAACAGCUUAGAGAGAGCCUGGCGGGAGAACCCCACCUCAUAUACAGGUGUGGAGCGGUCUCAGGGGGGGGAGGCGAGUGAUGAGAAUGAUGACGCAGAGUUCUUUGAUGCCAUGGAGGACUCCCCUGCAUUCAUAACUGUGACAGCUAGUGGCAACGUACAGCACAAGCGCUCAGGGAGUAAUCUGAGUAUGAUGAGUGGUGGAAUGCCCAAUGACUGGACUCACAAUGAGAAUGAUACCUCAGGCACAAACCACAUGCAGCUACGAAGAACAAGACGCAGCCGUAUUCCUGACAAACCAAAUUACUCCCUUAAUUUGUGGAGUAUCAUGAAGAACUGUAUUGGCAAAGACCUGUCCAAGAUACCCAUGCCUGUAAACUUCAAUGAGCCGUUGUCGAUGCUGCAGCGUCUGACUGAGGAUCUGGAGUACAGCGAGCUUCUGGACCGGGCAGCUCGCUGUGACUCGUCCCUGGAGCAGAUGUGCCUUGUGGCUGCUUUUUCUGUCUCCUCGUAUUCCACCACGGUCCAUCGUACAGCCAAGCCCUUCAACCCUCUGCUGGGGGAGACUUACGAGCUGGACCGACUGGACGAGUAUGGUUAUCGCUCAAUCUCUGAGCAGGUCAGUCAUCACCCACCAGCUGCUGCCCACCAUGUAACGUCACAGCGAGGAUGGACCCUGUGGCAGCAUAUCACUAUUGAUAGCAAGUUUCGUGGGAAAUAUAUUUCUGUUGUGCCAUUAGGAAACAUUCACCUGCAGUUCCACUCGAGUGGAAACCACUAUGUGUGGAGCAAAGUGACAUCAACGGUACACAACAUUAUUGUAGGAAAACUUUGGAUUGAUCAGUCUGGGGAUAUUGACAUUGUAAACAACACCACCAAGGACACCUGCCGUCUCAAAUUCUCCCCCUACAGCUAUUUCUCCAGAGAUGUCCCACGUAAGGUGACAGGAGUGGUAGAGGACAGAGAGGGCACAGCCCAUUACAUCCUGUCAGGAACCUGGGAUGACAGGAUGGAGAGUGCCAAAAUAGUGGACAGCAGCCAAGGAUGUGGAGGUUCUGAAGGCAAACAAAAGACAGUUUAUCAGACUCUUCAGCCAAAACUCUUGUGGAAGAAAUAUCCUCUCCCAGAUAAUGCAGAGAACAUGCACUUUUUCUCCUCCCUGGCUUUGACUCUGAAUGAACCAGAAGAGGGUGUUGCGCCCACCGACAGUCGUCUGCGGCCAGACCAGCGGCUAAUGGAGGCAGGUCUUUGGGAUGAAGCAAACGGCCAGAAGCAGCGACUGGAGGAACGUCAGAGGCUGGAGAGGAAAAGGAAGGAGGCGCAAGCAAAUCAGGCUUUGGAGGAGGUAGGUCAAGAUAUCGAGGGUUAUCAGCCACUGUGGUUUGAGAAGAGGACAGAUGAUACAACAGGAGAAAGCACUUACGUCUACAGGGGCGGCUACUGGGAAGCCAAAGACAGACAGGACUGGAGCCAAUCCCACGAGAUCUUCUAAGACAAACUUUCCCCCGACAUCAUGGCAUCAGGCAGUGGCUCCUCCUUAUGUAAGGAUACUCUGUGAGUUAUGGACAGUUGUUUAUUUGGGUUAGGGUUAUGGUUAUUAGGGUUGUUUAUUUGAGUGUGUGUGUGUGUGUGUGUGUGUGUGUGUGUGUGUGUGUGUGUGUGGUGUGUGUGUGUGUGUGUGUGUGUGUGAAUGGGAGUAGCCCUCACUUCCAGAAUUUUAAGCACAAAUCAAGCUCCUGCUUCCAGUUACUAAUCUACUCACUUCUGUUCUAUUAUCGCUUGUGUUUUCAGAAUGCAUGGCCUCAGUCUGUGUGUAUGCUUCAGCAGGGAACUAAUUUAUCAGAGAACAUAUAGUUCAUAUGUGUGUGUAUGUGUGUGGGGGGCUAAAUUAUUGAGAUAUGCUUUACAGAGAAAUCAUUUCUGCAGCAAAAACUUCUUUCAGCAGGUGUGUGUGAGAAUAACUUGGGGGCAAGGAGUGCCGCGAAUGAUUUGGUAUAAGCACUCAAUGUCUUGUUCUCCUCAAAGCUGGAACAACAUGCUGCUCAUGGCGGGCUCUGACAGAGACAACUGGCUUUGAAAGACCCAUAGCAGGAUAAAGCAUUCCUCUGCGCUCAAAGGUUUUUUCACUGCUGAACUUCAUAUCCUCCCUGAUUCCCGGGGAUUUUGACCAUUCUAUUUCUUAAAAUUACACAAACUGCAUCUUGAAGGAUUUAUAGUUAUUGUCCACUCUAACAGGUCUCUAAAGAGCAGCUAUUCAGUCAUGGAAACCAAAGUAGAUGUCUUUCUCUUUGGAUGGACAACUGUCUGAAAACACCAUGCUGUUUUAUAAGUCACUCCUGCACAUGAUCUUAAAAUUGUGUUUUGUGGUUGCAUUAAAGGGACACACAUUAAAGCCAAUUUACUAGUAAUGAAGAGUUCCACACAGCCUAUGAAAAUAGUUGUAUAAUGUCUUUACUGGUCCUGGAGAAUUUUGUUGAGUCUGAGAAAAUCACAGUACCAAAGCGACAUCACUUGAGUAAUCUCAGCUUGGACAUCAUGUGUCACAUACUAGGAGUGUGAAAUUUGACAUUUUACCAGGCCGGGUGGGUCAAGGUAAAGACACCUUUUGGGUUGCAUUAUGGGAAAUGUAGGAUCCAGAAUUUUUGGAGCUUGAUGCAUAUUAAGGACUAAAAGUUAGGAUGUUUAAAUUAGUCUUUAUUGAGUCUCUAAACUUUAUGGAAGUGCAACAAUAAAUCUACCACUUCAAACAGCUUGAGACUCAACCACUGAAGAAUAAAUCUGCCAAGCUUGGAGGAUUUUCUUCAGCAAGAGAUUACAUUGGUGCUUGAUGGUAAUUUUAGCCUUAAUUAUGUAAUGAAGUAGUAAGCCCCUAGUAACCACUGCAUCCCAACUCUGAGAUUCUGUACAGAUUAUAGCAAUCUGUUAGAGUAUUUUUUUUCUUUGGAGCACACUUACAUGUAUACUUCAGGGUAUUUCAGUUUUAUUGUAUUUUACUCAGAAAGAAUAUCAGGGUUUAGCAUCUUGGCAAGUAGCAACAAACUUGUCCCCCCUAGUUAAAACAAGUAGAACUGGUGACCGCUAUGAAUGGUUCCUAUCUUUACAAUUGUUUAUUAUUGAGACGUGUCAGCAAUAACACAACUGCACAGUCACUUGAGAAUAAAAUAAUUCAAGAUCAGAAAGUUGUUUUAUGCAGCAAAAAAAAUAUGUUUUGGCAACAGUAUCCCAUUAGCUGACUCAUGGUCAUAUGAAGAAAUCUGAUUUAUACACAUCAGUCCAGAGCCAGAAAACAAUCAAGGAAAAGCUUAGCAAUACACAUGCUAAGGUUUUUGUGUGCAAGUAAGCACGGAUGUACAUAAGUAGUAAAUAUACAUUCUCUUAAUAAACAAUGAUAAACUGCUUAUUUAUAGUUUUCAGCUUCCUGUGUAUUUUAAUAGAGCAUGAUGCACAUGUACGACUGCCUGAUUGGUUUUGGCCUGUAUAUAGCAAGAAUAUAAUAGAAAUAGAAUCACCUCAUUUACAAUCACUGUAAUGAAAUAUUGUUUCACAUUACUUGAACAUUCAUAUUCUGGUCACUACUUAAACUCUAUUUGUGUAUACAUAAUCUUAAAUGGAGUCAAGAUUGUAUACCAGUUAAUGUGAUGUUGGGGAAUUGAAAUUAUCAAUACAAGUUUAUAAGACACAUUGUAUAAUAUUAAUGAUGCAAAUAAGGUGUUGUUCAAAUAAAGCACAAUGUUAUGUUUACCUGCUGGUAAUGAUACAUGCUACAUAAACUCAAAGAUUUACAUGGCAACAUAUAGCUAUGCAUGGUUUUAGAGUGCUUAAGCACUUCUGUAGUGAGAAGCCUCUUCACCUAGCUAAUUGUUUGUGGGCUCUUGCUGAAAAAUGAUGUGAACUCACCUUUUGUGCCCAAUUGCCUCGGAAAUUUUACAUUUUUGAGCUCAAAUAAAAACAUAAAGCUGUCACUGUG